ACGUAUGACACCAUUUAUAAAUUAUUCACGUUUUUUUGAUUUACAUACAUUAACUAAUUCAUUAAAAAGUAAAGAUAUUAAUCAAGCACGUUCAAUUAUGGUUCACACAUGGAGAAAUUUAUCUGAUGAUAAACGUCAACAAUAUAAUUAUAGUCUUGUCAAAUUUUAUUCACCUGUUACACAAAAUUAUUUACCAGCAUCAAAUUUAGGUUCUAUUACUGAACGUUUAGAUGAUUUAAUAAGAAAUUAUAUUACAACACAUGGAAAAUUAGAUCAAACUAAUAUGGAUAAACGAACAUUUGAAAAAAUGAUUCAUUUUAAAUCACUUAAAUCAUGUAUUGAUCCAGGUAAAAGUGUUGAAAUUUUAGCUGCACAAUCUAUUGGAGAACCUAGUACACAAAUGACAUUGAAUAGGAAAAAAAAUGAAAAUAAUAAAGAUGGUUUUAUGCUUUGUCGAGAUAAAUAUAGUUUGAAAACGAAUUGA